CAAGAAGGCGGUCCACCACAGAUUGGUCCCUGCAUUGCACAGCGCGGCGGAACAGUCUGUUCAACGGCCUUCGGGUCAUUGACAGGCGUAUUCUUUGGCACCUUUCUCGAGUUUCGAGAUCACAUUUCCUUUUUCAUCAAUACUUGGGCUAGAUGCUCGAGGUUGGAGAAGAUGGGUUUGUCCUGUUCGCUGUUUCCGCUGUAGAUAGUCGUAGGUGUAAAAAUGUAUUAUGUAAUGUCAGCGUGACGUCGUGUCUGUAUGUUGACGUCGUUCUUAUACCUCUCCACGUGCCAUGGCUUAAUGGCCACUUCAUGUAUUUAAUGUCUUCUACCCCGAGUCCUUUGAACCACAAAUCUUUUUCGAUCUAUCAUACACAGUCCGAACCGAGAACCCAAAUAAUCGCGGAUAUACUCUUAGCUAUAUACAGAGUUCCACCGAAUCCAGCACACAAAAUGGGCGUCCAGACCGCAUCCUUCCCAGAUGAAGAAAACCAGAAAUACGAAGAGACUCCCACCAGUCCCCCCCGACACGCAGGGAAUGCAGGACGCGCCUCGGGAGAAGCCAUCGCCGCCGUCCGCGGGACUAACUCCAGCGGUCGACGCAUCGGGACUGGCUCCGGCGGCGUCGUCACGGCGCCCAACUACGAUGCGGCGGAGAGUUUGGAUAUCCUAGCCAACUCGGAGAGUAAUCGGCCGUUGAGCAAGGAGGAGGCGGAUCGGUUGUAUGAGGAGCGGAUGGAGGAUGAGUAUGCGAAGCGGGAGGGUGGUGCUUGAGUUUAUGUUAUAUCACUGGUUUAUAAUGAUGGGUUCACUCAUGAAGGGCUACUUGACUGCAUGAUAAUGAGGAAUGUUGCAUGAGAGGAUUCUGUUCUAUGUCCUAGGUACUAAAUGGACAUACUGUACACUGAGUGUUGUACACAGAUCUCAACCCUAAUGUCUACAGCGUAGUACCUCUAUGUUUUCUGUUAGUCGUAGGUUUGACGUUGUAGCACAUUGGGUCACCCUUGAUGACGCGCGGGUUUAUUCAAAUUCGAACACUCCAUAGCCG